GAGAUCUGCGCUUAGUGCUUCUGGUUGUAGCAGUUGACCUAAAUUUGAACAGACGAUGCGGCGCAGUAUGGCUUCCAAUGGGCACAUCCUUACAGCAUCCUCUGUGGUGGGAGCCAGCAGUGCAUUCCAGAAUCCAUGCCUAGCCAAGGUAGAAGUCCAGCCUAACCUGCCUCAAAGAACUGUGUUGGGUGUUAUCGGUGACAAUGAACAGCGCAGAAGAUCAGUAAGUCGGGGUGGUGUCCCUGCAAAGAGUCUACCUGGAAUUGAAAAUGUUCUUGCUUUCCCUGGAAAAAUCCUGUCUGCAAACCCAGCGCCUGUUGCUCCAAAGCCAAGUUUUACAGUCUAUGUGGAUGAGCCAACAGAAACCUAUUCAGUUGAAAUAGAUUGUCCCAGUUUGGAUGAUGAGGAUUCAAAUAUUGUCAAGCAGAACAUUCACCUGCUCCUAGAUAUCAGUGAAGCUUCUCCGAUGGUGGUUGACACGUCACCCCAGACAAGCCCAGAGGAUGACUCUGUAACAGACCCUGAUGCUGUAGCUGUGUCUGAAUAUAUACAUGAAAUUCACCAGUACCUUCGAGAGGCUGAGUUGAAACACAGACCAAAAGCAUAUUACAUGCGUAAGCAGCCAGACAUUACUUCAGCAAUGCGCACGAUACUUGUGGACUGGCUAGUAGAAGUUGGUGAAGAAUACAAGCUGCACACGGAGACUCUUUAUCUGGCUAUGAAUUAUUUGGACCGCUUCCUAUCAUGCAUGUCUGUACUCCGGGGAAAACUGCAGCUUGUAGGCACAGCAGCUAUUUUAUUGGCAUCAAAAUAUGAAGAAAUCUACCCUCCUGAUGUUGAUGAAUUUGUGUACAUAACUGAUGAUACAUACUCAAAGAAACAGCUUCUGCGCAUGGAACACGUUCUGUUGAAGGUUCUGGCCUUUGACCUUACUGUACCUACAGUCAACCAAUUCUUGCUACAGUAUCUGCAGAGACAUGCAGUCAGUGUGAAGACGGAGCACCUUGCAAUGUACAUGGCAGAACUAACUCUGCUUGAAGUGGAGCCAUUCUUGAAGUACGUUCCUUCACUUACAGCUGCUGCAGCCUAUUGUCUUGCCAAUUAUGCACUCAACAAAGUGUUCUGGCCUGAAACACUGGAAGCCUUUACUGGCUACGCACUGAGUGACAUAGCACCUUGCCUUAGUGAUUUGCACCAAUUCUGUCUUGGUGCCCCUUAUCAGGCUCAGCAAGCAAUAAGGGAGAAGUACAAGACCACCAAGUAUAUGCAAGUGUCUCUUCUGGAGAUGCCGUCAAUACUUCCCCUCAACUGAAGCCUUCCAGAGUGGACGCACACACAGCACUUACCUCGUGAUCAACAGUGUUGGUCUUUUUAUGAAGACACUGCAGGCCAAGUGUCCAAUGGAGCUAUUUUAUUUAUUGACCUUCAUACCAAGACUCCUGUGCUUUUAUAAUGUACUUUUUAUUCUGUGUAAACUAUAGGACCUUAUUUAUAACAAAGCCUCAGAUUGGACACUAGUUGCUGACUGGGAUUUAGUCUAUGGACAUCAAUCAUGUCUAAAAGUCACUUAGUUGGGAUGUACUACUACAAAUCAGAACUCUAUUGGUAGUGCACUGGUUAACAGACAUCAGUAUUCUAUUAGACUUGGACAAUCCUGACUGUCUCUCCUACAGUCGAGCUUCUCCAGGAAAUUAAGUUUUUUUUGUUAAACAUCGUCGACAUUGAACUGCUUCAUUUUCCCAGGUUGUCUUAACUUGUGAUGGUGUGUGUUUUUAAUAAACUGACUUUACUCAAACGGUAA